AUGGAAGAACAAGUUAUUUGUGAAGGGUGUAUUGAGAAGUUAAUUGCACGAGUAGAAAAGAAUUCAACAAAUAAUGAGAAACAAAUAUCUUCAGAGGAUCCUUAUAAAUUGAAACUUGAUCCUAAUGAUCCUGAGCAUCCAUCUAUGUGGAAUUUUAGGAAGAAAUUUUUCCAUCUUAUUAUUAUGUUUAUUAUGGUUUUUGUUAUGUUUCUAUCACUUACACUUUAUGUUUCACAUGUGUUAACAAAACCUGAAACUCAUACACAUCUUUUUUUAUUAACAUCGAUGUUUUCUGGAUUUGCACAUGGACAGUUUAUUGGCGAGAAGUCUAUAGCUAAGGAGGAAGUAUAUGGGGGCGUAAUUUUUAGUUCUUGUAAACUGUCAAUUUUUGAUAUAUAUGGUAAUGGGGGUUAUUUUCCAAAAAUGUUGCUUCAGUCUUCAAUUAUGCUAGGGAUUCAUAUGGGACCUGUGGUUGGACUAAUUCUAGAAGAAAAUGACCGAAUUGUAUGGUGGUUUUGGACUGUUAUAAUUUUAUCAGCUAUUAUGUUUGUCUUUGGUAUAUUAAUAUUAAAAGAAGCAUCACCUGAAAUUAUUUUGAAUAAAAGAAUUGAAAGAUUAAGGCGAGUAACAGGCUCUUCACGAUUUAUAGCUUGUAUAGAAGACAAAAAGCCGUUGCGUUAUGUUUUUUUUUCAUUCUUUAAAAUGUCAUGGAAUAUCCUAAGGAGAGAUUUUAUUCUUUUGCUUAUUAUUAUUUCAAAAGUUAUUGUUUGGGAUACCAUCCUUCUUCUAUUAUUUAUUCAUCCAUUUUCACUAACGAAAAUCUAUCAAAAAACCUUGUCUAAUUCUUUUAUAUUAAUACUUUUUCAUGCACUAGGCGUAUUAUUGGCGAUCAUAUGUUAUAAAAUUUAUGAUGAGUUUUAUAUAAAACGACUAAAACACAAUAAAAUUAAAACAAAGCUUCUCAUUGCUAUUAUAAUAUACCCACUUUAUAUAUCUUCAUUGAUUUGGAUGGGAUUUACUACACAUACUCUUUUCCAUUUUAUAAUACCUAUUUUAUCUCACAUUGUUAUGGGGUUUUCAGAAACAUUAAUACUUGAUAGUUUUAACCAAUAUAUGGAAGCAUCUUAUUCUGAUGAUCCACAUGCUGUAAAUAUCAACUUGGCUUUUUCAAAAUUAAUUGUUUCUGCAAUAAUUCAUGCAAUUAUUAAAAAAUCUCUAUCACAAAAAAUAACGAUUAUGUCUAUAAUUAUAGCUAGUAUUAAUGUUUUUUCAUAUAUUAUUUCUCUUGUUUUAUAUAUUUUGGGAUCUAGUCUUCGAUCUAAAAUUCAGCAAAAUUGA